AUGUCACCAAGAUACGAUGAAGCGCCUGAGUUAGCACCUAAUAACUUUCCAGAGGUUCAUCACCCGCCUGCUGUGCCAGAAGUUGCAGGGUAUGGACAACCAACACCAACACCGUCCGUAAAGCCAGAAGAGUCUACAAACCCGUCAACGAUACAGCCGAGUUAUGCUCCAUACGAAGGCUCAGCGCCUGCAUAUCAGCAAAUGGCAUAUCUCCCUCAACCGCCAUCUGAGAAGGGGACAGCACGAAAACGAAUCCUAGGGUGUUCGGUCUUGGUGUUUAUCUUAUCCCUCAUUAUUGCGAUCCUAUCCGCAGCCGUGAUAGGAUUAGCAGCGGGAACAGGAGUGGAGGCAAGUCGCGCCAACGAUGCCGAAGCGCGAUUGGCUGCGAUGAGUGCAACAGCAGUUUCCCCGGCGACUGUUACCGUGACCGCAUCAGCAACAGCAUCGGCUGAUAAAGGAUGCUCAACAAAUUCGGCUGGAGUAACAGGAACCACGUACUGGUCACAGUUCUACCAUAGACCUACAUAUAAGAUAUACUGCAACAGCGAUGCGCCAAACACCCCCCUCUCCUCGCUUUUCGUGGGCAACUUCGACGACUGCAUGGACGCCUGCGCUUCUUUUUCCUUCUACAUCCCUGCAGACUUCUCCAUCAACUCGACGGCUACAAACGCCACGUGCGCAGGAGUCAGUUUCGUCCCCGCGUGGACAAACCGUACCUUUGCCUACGAUGGGGACGCGCCGGGCAAUUGCUAUCUCAAGCCUGGACCGCAGAACGAGUCUGCGUUAAAUAACCCCAACAUAGGGGGCUCCGCAAAAUCCCCGACGAAGACCAGUUCUGGCUUCCAGACCUCAGUCGUGCCAUCGGGAGGCACCUGCCUGACUGGAUAUGUUACUUUGAAAAAAGCCAACGAAGGUCUCCAGCUCAAGGGCCAAGAUUCCUUUAUGUACACAGCUACGUCUCUUCGCGAUUGGGUUCAAGAUAUGCACCUUGGGUCAAAGAACCGUGAAAGCCCGUUCGAGGGAUCUGACGAAUACGAUGAAGAGUCGGAGGAUGAAGAACAGAACACCCUCACGACUGGCAAUAGCGGCCCCAAGGACAGCAAGAGAAGCAGAACCACGAAGCGCAAAAGAAGCGACACUGGUGGUAACAUACGAAAAGGAACUGCUCCAACCCACACUCCAGAGUGCCGGGCAUGCUACGGGCGUCACGAGCUUUCAGGUUGUUGGUACUUGUACAUUUUUGCUGACAAACGCCCAGCUAGGCGCUGGUAUAAUGAAAGUGUCGGACGACUGGUAGGCGAUCGAAUCAAGAACUCAAAGGCUCUGAAAGAGGAGAUUGAGGCUUUGAAGGACAGGAAAAUUAAAUGGCUAGGCACACGGUUGAAACUUUUAGCACGCAAGAAGUCUGCAUAA